UUGUACUCAAGUUUCUAACCUCUAGAUUUCAUUUAAUGUUAUAUUAAAACUGAAAAUUUGUAAUUUUUUAAAAUUAAAAUAUAAAUAGUUAAUGUUUUAUUUAUCUUUUAUUAUCAAUGAAUGCAAACGAUUUCCCAGAUUCAGAUGAAGAAUAUGAUCUAGUUCCAACUGAAGUUUAUAAAAAUUCUAAAAAUGUAAUCGAUACUCAAUCCCAAAACAAAGUUUCUCAAUCGAAUACAUUUACUCAAUCUCAAUUAACUCAAACUAAAUCAAUUGUUAAUGGCAAAGGACGAACUUUGACUUCAAAAGCAGACGAUUUCCCAAACUUCGAUGAAGAAUUGGAUCUCAUUGAAACUAAUGUUAUUAAAACUAAUAGCUCAUUAGAAUUAAAGAAUACUGUUGAAAAUACUCGUAAACGAACUGCUGAUGAGUUUUAUAGAGAUGUUUCAAAUUUGUUUGAAGAAUGUAGAAAUAAUCGAUUUGAUGAUGAUUUUGAGUAUGAAGAUCGACGAGAUAAAAGACCUCGAUGGGAUCAACCUGAAUUACUAAUUGCAGCAAUACGAAACAAGAGAAUAGAAAUACAAAAUAAAUUUGAAAAUGAUCAUGAUGAUGUUCCUCGUAUAUUUCAUUCAUCUCGACCUGAUAAAAAAGAAAAUUCCAUAACUUUGCGUAUCCCAUCUUGGAAUUUUGUUCCUUUGACACGAUAUAGGGAUUCUCAAAGAUUGUAUGUUAGGCUUCGGCCAGAACCUAAAGUAAAUCCAAUUAAAAUAACGUCAGCUUCAGGUUUAUUGUCAACAAGUUAUGAAAAAUUAAAAAAAGAAGCUGAUCAAAUAUUAUUAGAAAAAGCUAAAUAUGACGAUCUUACGAUUAUUUCUAAUGAAAAAACAAAGAUUGAAGAUAAGUUAUGGGUUGAUAAGUAUCGACCUCAAAAAUAUCUGGAGCUUUUAACUGAGGAAACCGUCAAUUUAGAUUUUUUGCGAUGGAUGAAAUCAUGGGAUAAAGUUGUAUUCAAUCGGGAGCCUAAAAGAAAUAAACAUGUAUCUGUUAAGGCUUCAAAUCAACCUAAAAAGAUGGGUUUCGGCCCGAAUAAAUUCAAAUCCAAUCAAAAUAAUUGGAAUGCCAAAAAUACUAAAAUUGAUUUUGUAGAUAAUCAAGGUCUUCCUGUAUUUAGAGUUGCAUUACUUAGUGGUCCACCAGGUCUAGGUAAAACAACUUUGGCUCAUUUAGUAGCAAGGCAUGCAGGCUACAAUGUUGUUGAAAUAAAUGCGAGUGAUGAUCGUAGUCCGGAAGCAUUUCGACAAGCACUUUUAUCAUCCACCCAAAUGAAAUCAAUGAUUGGUGCUGAUCCAAGACCAAAUUGUCUUGUGUUAGAUGAGAUUGACGGUGCUCCGGCAGCAUCGAUCGAAUUAUUAUUAAAAUUUAUCCAAGGAAAAUUAGUUACUAAAGGAAAAAAAGCUAAACCAGGGAAACAUGAGGAAUGUAAAAGGCCCAUUGUAUGCAUUUGUAAUGAAUUAUAUUCAGCAGCUUUAAGGCCUUUGAGAUCAAUGGCAUAUGUGAUUAAUGUACCUAAAAUUGAUCCUUCAAGUUUGGCAGAUCGAUUAUUAACUAUUGCGCGAAAAGAAAGAAUUAAUAUUAGUCAUGGAGCACUUCUUCAAUUAGCUGAACGAUGCGGCUGUGAUGUACGAUCUUGUUUGAAUUCUUUACAGUAUAUGCGUGAAGAUUGUCAAAAAUCCAAUACAAGCCUUGGAACGAAAGAUACAAAAAAAGGUUUAUUUGAAUUUUGGAGAGACAUAUUACAAAUUCCAGUAAAUAAAACUGGGCCCUUGACAAUGCGUGAAAGAGCUCAAAUGAUCAUAAAAUCAGCUUCCAGUAAUAAUUCUGAAAGAAUUGUACAAGGUAUUUUCGAAAAUUAUCCAAAUAAUUGUCAGGAUAAAAUGAGCAAGAUAUCUAAAUCGAUAGCAUGGUUUCCAUUCUAUGAUGAAAUUUCAACACAUGUUAUGACAAAAAACAAUUGGCAAAUUAUGCCUUACACAAAUUAUGCAUUUGUAUCAUGGCAUUUUGGACUUGCCACUUCGAAAAAUCCAAAAUUAAAUUUUCCGUAUACAAUGGCUGAGGUCAAUCAAAAGUUAGCAAAAAAUCGAGCUUUGAUAACAACUACACAACGUUCUUAUGGUUCUGAUAUUCAAGUGAUUACUUUGGAUAUAGCUCCUCUGUUGUUUGAGCUGUUAACGCCAAAACUUCGUCCAGUGGCUAGCAAUUUAUUUUCUACAAGAGAGAAAAUGGAUUUAGAACGAUUAUUGAAUGUCAUGUUAGACUUGGGACUUAGUUAUGUGCAAGAAAAGAAAGAAGAUGGGAGUAUGAGUUAUGAACUUGAGCCUAAUUUAUACGAAAUCGGUAUUUUUCCGGAUUGUAAAAACCGUAAAAAUCUCUCUUAUACUAUCAAACAAGUAAUAGCUCAAGAAUUGGAAAUUGCUCGGCUUAAACGAGCAACAGCAGUGACUACUGCAAGUAGUACCACAAACACUACAGAAGAAAAAAAAUCAAUGAAUAAAAAUGAUGCUCAGCCUUCACAAAAUACUGAUAAAAGUUUUCGUCCUAAUCAUAUUGAUGACAUGGCACGUGUUAUUUCUCCACAAACAUUUAAAGAAAAAAAAUACAAAGAUUUUUUUAAGAACUUUAAAUUAUCAAAACCAAUUGAUGAAUCGUUACCAAAUCCUUCAUCCGAACAUCAAGAACAUAAAACUGUAUCCAAUAAUGGUGUAUGGUUUAAAUAUAAAGAAGGAUAUAGUAAUGCGGUUCGUCGAGCUGUAAGAAUAAAAGACAUUUUAUAAUUCUAUUUACUUUUAUGAUGUAAGAUUAUAAAAGGGUAAAGUUAUAUUUUUCAAAUAUUAUAAUCAUUUAAUCUUAGUGUCAAAUAUAAUUUUUAUUUUUACUGAUA